AUGAUCAAAGUUGCGCCGAGAAACAUACUUGCCGAUUUGAAGCGAAAAAAACCAGAUAGUGUUUCAAAAAUUAAACAGGUAUACAAUGAACGUUACAGACUGAACAUUGAGAAAAAAAGUCCUAGGUUGGAAAUGCAACAACUGUUGAAACUUUUGGGUGAUAAUAAAUAUGUUUCAAGGUACAGAGCUUGUGAGGACAAUGUUACCAUUCGUGACAUAUUUUGGACUCCUCCCGAAAGUAUCAACUUGUUCAACACAUUUCCAACCGUAAUUGAUUCGACGUACAAGGCCAACAAGUAUAGGUUUCUGCUUCUAGAAAUUAUUGGUGUGACAUCUAGUAACAAGCAAUUUUCGGUUGAAUUCGCUUUUUUGGAAUGUGAGAAAGAAGAUAACGUUACAUAG